AUGGUGUGGAAACGUAACUCCCACUCCGUUAAACAAGGUUGCAACCGAGACACAGAAAGGCGGUCUGUCCUACACCUGCUCCCGCUGGGCCACAGCAACUUCCUGUUCCUGUUUGACCGCACCACCCUCCUGUUCCUGCUGUGCAUAAGCAACCUCCUGUUCCUGUUCAGCACUCCACUGGUCCUACCUACAGCCGGGUCAUCAGUUGCCGGCUGUCCUCCCUGGCCCCAAGUCUCCAACGCCACGUUCCAGUAUGUUUUCCUUAAGUCAAUGGCCCUCAUUGAUGCCCUGGCUUACUUCCUCCUGAUGGAGCCAAAUCUUCUGGUGCCAGCCAUUUAUCCAGAUAUCAAGUCUCCAAACCGGCCUCCAGAAGGGUUUCACUCUUUGGUCCUGUCUCCUGGUGUGGUGAAACUCAGAGGAUCCGCCCUCGGACCUGUCGACCCGUUGUCAGGCUCCACAUGUCGGACUGGCUUUUACACUGAAGAGGAGCUCAGGCCUCACCUUCAGCGGCCUCCCCAAGAUCCCAGAGCACCAGGUGCAAGUGGCAAACCGUUCGGGAUACGUCGACUGACUCCUGAGGAACGCAGAGAGAAGUUAGAUGAGUUUAAGAAGAACCAGUUCAACCAGUUUGCCAGUGACCGAAUUUCCCUGCACCGUGAUCUGGGGGAAGAUACACGUCAUCCAGAUUGCGUGGAACAGAGGUUUCAGCGUUGUCCCGGCCUCCCGACCACCAGCGUGAUCAUAGUGUUCCACAAUGAGGCCUGGUCCACCCUGCUGAGGACGGUCUACAGCGUCCUGCACACAGCGCCUGCAGCCCUGCUCACAGAGAUCCUACUGGUGGAUGACGCCAGCACGGAUGAUCACCUGAAGUCUCGUCUGGAUGACUAUGUGCGGCAGCUGAAUAUAGUGCGUGUUUUACGUCAGAGGGAGAGAAAAGGCCUGAUCACUGCCAGACUGAUGGGAUGGCAGGCUGCACGAGGAGAGGUCCUCACCUUCCUGGAUUCCCACUGUGAAUGUUUUCCCGGAUGGCUGGAGCCUCUCCUGGCUCGGAUUGGGGAGCAGCCUGCUGCUGUGGUGAGCCCGAAAAUCACCGCUAUUGACCAAAAUAACCUAAAGUUCCAAAAACCAGUCCCUGAACUGGGUUAUCAUACUCGAGGGAAUUUUGAAUGGAUUCUCCAUUUUGGAUGGGAGGUUGUCCCCAAAGAGGAGGAAAAUGGAAGGACGAAUGAAACACAACCCAUCAGAACUCCUACUUUUGCUGGUGGCCUGUUCUCUGUAUCUAAAUCAUACUUCGAGCAUAUCGGGACUUACGAUGACCAGAUGGAGUUUUGGGGAGGUGAGAAUUUGGAAAUGUCCUUCAGGGUCUGGCAAUGUGGAGGUCAGCUGGAAAUUAUUCCAUGCUCUGUUGUGGGGCACAUUUUCCGCAAAAAGAGCCCUCACACCUUCCCCAACGGACAAUUUAUGAUCAGUCACAACCUGGUCCGGCUGGCUGAGGUCUGGAUGGACGACUACAAAUUUGUCUUCUAUCGUUCAAACCGAAGGGCUGAUUCAAUUUUUCAACAGAAUUUAUUUGGAGACGUUUCUGAACGUCUGAAACUCAGGGAGAGAUUAAAGUGCAAGAACUUCUCGUGGUACCUGAACAACAUUUAUCCAAACGCCUACGUGCCUGACAUCAGGCCGGUCAAAUACGGACAGUUGGAAAACGUGGGUUGGAAGUGCUGCCUGCAUUUGAAGAUCAGAACAAAGCAUUGGGAGCCUGUUCCAGAGCUCAAAUGUAGAGAUAAAGGUGUAGCACAGUAUUUUGAGUACACAUCACAGAAAGAGGUACGGCUCAGCGUCCGCAAUGUGAUGUGUUUACAUGCAACCCCUAGAGGAGCACAAGUGUCGGUUGACUUCUGUCGCUUGAAGGGAAAAGUAACUGAAGCAGCGCCCGAGCAAGUGUGGAUCUACACACAGACAAAGAAACUGAAGAACCUGUCAACAGGGAAGUGUUUGACAGUAACAAAUGGAAAAGUGAUUGUGACAACCUGCAAAUCCAGCCAAGUCAACCAAAGCUGGGUCUUCAUCUGA